AGGCCCGCGGGGGGCUCCUGUGGCUGGUGCCCCCCGUGCUGGUGUCCUGGGGGGCGGGCGCUGCCCUGUACCUGCUGCCCGUGCGCGGCCAGGCCGUGGCCACCCAGCACUUCCCGGUGGGCGAGGCCGAGGCCGUGGUGCUGGCCCUGAUCGGCAUCUAUGUGGCUGGCAUGGCCCUGCCACACAGCACGCACAGGGCGCUGUCGGGGGGUGGCCAGCGCGGCUGGAUGUCCCUCAAGCUGCUGGCCCUGCUGGCCCUGGCGCUGCUCCUCUCCUGCCUGGCGCUGCUCAACUUCUCCCUGGGCUUCCUGCUGGGCGCCACCCUGGUGCCACCCGCCGCCGCCGUCAGGCCGGGGGGCAACAGGCUGCCCCUGGCCGUGCUGCUGGUGCUGACCACGCCGGGGCUCUCGCUCUUCCUGGCCGUGCUGCUGGAGCGGGAGCUGCUGGAGGCGCCGGCGGGGCUGGGCGAGGCCUGGCAGCGCUUCCUGGGGGCGCUGGGCCAGGGGCUGCUGCAGGAGCACCUGCACGGAGCCCACCUGAGCCCCCUGCUGUGCCUGGGCGCCUACCCCUGCUGGCUGCUGCUCUGGAACGUGCUCUUCUGGAAGUGACGGACACGGGAUGGACACACGGACACGGGAUGGACACACGGACAUGGGGACGGACACACGGACAGACCAAUGGACACAUGGACAGAGCCACAGCCCCCUCACCUGAGCCCCCUCACCUGAGCCCCCUGCUGUGCCUGGGCGCCUACCCCUGCUGGCUGCUGCUCUGGAACGUGCUCUUCUGGAAGUGACGGACACACGGACACGGGACGGACACACGGACACGGGAUGGACACAGGGACAGAGCCCAAACCCCCAGACAGGCACACGGACAGAGCCCAAACUGCCCAGACACACGGACAGAGCCCUGGAUGGACACACAGACCCCCAGACGGACACACGGACACACAGCCAGACCCACAGCCAGAGCCCCAGAGAGACACACGGACAGAGCCCCGGACGGACACACGGACACACAGAGCCGUGGAUGGACACACGGACAGACCCACAGCCAGAGCCCUAGACAGACACACGGACAGAGCAUCGGAUGGACACACGGACA